AUGGCUUCAUUACAUCAAGACUUUCUGAAAUUGUGCCAAAACGGAGCUGAUAGCGUAAAAUUCACCGAUUUUAUGAUCCGCAAUUGUAAGCGUAACAGUUCUUUCAGUUUGCCGGAAGUACUUCAAGAGUUAAACAAACAAGAAUCGAAUCAAUUGUGGAAAGGGAUAUUGGGUAUUUGCAAUUCUGUCCUAGGUAAUUUUCAUUUUGAAUUGGCAGAAAAUGAAUUUUUUGAGCAGGAUUUGCAGGAUCGGAUGGGUGCUGUCGAUUGUUUGCAAGAAGUUACCAAAGUUAUUAAUGCUGCUUUACAAAUCAAGACAGACAAAGAUGGUAUUGAGCCUUCGUUGCAUGAGAUUGCUUCAAUACUACACGGUAUUUUAAUGUCACUUCCGGAAGCCGCGAUUACUUUACAAGAUAGUAUUUCACGGAUCUGCGAAUUGUGGUGGAGUAAAGACUUUAGUGCUAAGGAGGAGCUGAUUCCUCAUAUGGUUCCAUAUCUGUUAAUGAGAUGCUUACAGCCUGAUGCCGUUUUGAAGGAUAUCAAACGUUUAUGGCAAAUACGCAAUUGUCUCCUGCUGUUGGAUUAUGAUGAUCCAUCAGCAGAUUCUACAAAGCUAUUGUUGCUACGCUGCUAUAUGCAACCGUUAUUUUUGAAAACUGAUGAGGGUCGUCGCAUCUUAACUUAUACAUUUGGUUUACAUGUUCCAUUGAUUGAAGACAUUCAUGCUACUAUUAAAAAUAACAUACCAUCAUCUUCAAGAUCACUUCAAGAAUAUUAUGGGGAAGUUUAUUUUCGGGCAUGGCGCUCUUCUUCUGGACCGUAUCGCGAAAAAAUUGAAAAUUUCUGCAUUCAAGAUUUAAUGCAUCAUGCAAUUCAUGCUAGAAUAAGUAGGCCAUCGAUAGCUGCUGCUCUGAAAAGGAUUUUAGAUCAGUUUCAUCGUGAAAAGAAACAAAGCGGUGUCGAUAAAAUGUUACUUACGUUAUAUCAACCAAUAAUUUGGCGUUCUUUGAAAGUUGCUAACGCUAUUGUUAGAGCUAAUGCGGCGGCCUUGUUAUUUAGUGCAUUUCCAUUGCAUGAUCCUGAUGGCGCCAAUGAGGACAUUGAUAUUUUAAUGCAACGUCAAUUUGACGCUUUUGCCGAUUUAUUACAAGAUCCAUGUCCCAAUGUUCGUGAGGUUACAGUUAAGGGUGUUUGUCGCGCUAUUAGCAUAUUUUGGGAGUUGAUUCCAAUCGGCGUACUCAAUUCAUUGUUGAACAAACUUGUCAAUCAGCUUGCAAAUGAUGGUUCAUCAACAGGUGUUCGCUGUGCAGUUAUUAAAGGCCUGUCUUUUAUUUUGGAUAACCAUCUAAGUCAACCUUCCUUGAAAGCUUUAUUACCGAAGCUAACAAAUCAUAUUCACGAUUUUUCUGAGCGUGUUCGCCUUGCAUUUAUUGAUCUUUUGAUUCUUGUAAAAGGUUCACUUGGAAUUAAGUUUUGGGAAAUUGUUCCUAGUGAACAUUUAUUAGCUCGUCUUGAAAUGGAUACAUCUGAAGUAGCUGGAAAAAUUGUAGAAUUACUAUUUAAUUCGUUUAUUCCGCUAACUAGGGGCGAAGAUGUUCAGAUAACUAGAUGCGUAACUUUAUUACGCACUAAUUCCAAUGCUGCACGUCGGUUUUACCAAUUUGCAGUUCGUUAUAUGUCUGUCGACGCAACUGGAAAAUAUAUUAUAACUCUAUGUCGUUACGUGCUAUCUUGCCUCGAGUCGGAUUUACGUCAACAAGAUGAUAAUAUGAAAGAGAAUGUGCGAGAUCAUAAUGUAGAUAAUGGAAUGGAAAGUGAAGUAAAUGACGAAGUGAACGAUGAAAAAAUAAUGCAAGGUUUAAUGGAAACUAUCGCAAUUCUAUGGACUCAAAUUUAUAAUGAAUUGCAAAAGCCUGUAAAUGAAAAUAUAUGUAAUAAACUUAAGAUGAAAUUUGGCAAGGCUUUACCAGUGCUCUGGACUGCUUUUAAGACUAGUCCUUCUGCGGCUGCAACUAUCACUAUUGCAGGUUGCUUACCAGCUACUCAAGUCUCGGAACUAAGCCAAGAUUGCUAUGAUGAUUUAGUUUCGGUAUCCAAUGAUGCUCUACUGGAUAAUUUUAACCACUAUGUUAGCAGUUUAUGUAUGUGGGGUCGAUGUGAUGUUAUUUUAGAGCAAAUUAUGCGUUGGCUGCAGUUCGAAAUUUCUAGUAAAGAUAAAGCCGUACAUGAAGCACCUUCUAAGAAAAAGAAAAGAUCUAGAAAGACUGCAUUACACAAUGCAGAAAAAAAACCAGAGUUAGCUUUGCGUAUUCUAGAUUUUAUGAUGAGAGAUGCUAAGUGUCGCCCUUGGAUGCUUGCACGCCAUGACAGAUUACGUCCUGUUAUUGAAAGGUUGAAACUAAGUAUGGAUAAUAUUGAAAAUGUCUUCAAGAAUUCGACAAGUAAUAAUGAUGGUUUCCGAGAGUCAUCGAUCUUUAACCUUAAAUUUGGUUUUGAAAUAUAUCACCGAUUACUUAUUCACUUAGCUUUUGAGGAGCGGAAUAAUACCAGUCCUGCACUCUUUCUACGGGAUGAUGUUUGUGAUAUGCUAUCUUGGGUUAAGCGAGUUAUCUUACCUAACGUUGAAGCUGUAAAUGAUAAGAGUGAAGACGAUGACACUAGUAAUAAGAAACGAAGUAAUUCAUCCAAAGUAACUGAAGUAAAAACCGAUUUAGGGAUUGGUAUUUUGGAGGUUGCGAUGACUAUCGUACAUGAUGCCUUAGUGUUCACACCUAUAAAUGUAAGACUAGCUGGGGAUGUCAUUCAAAUUUUAAAACAAACAGUUACAAAAGUGGCAAGCAACCGUCAAAUUUUUUUACAAUCAGUAAAAAUUGUUUGUCACCUGGCCAGGCAUAGUUUAUUUUCGUACAUUGGCAAUGACUCUGGCUACAUAGAUGUUUGCUCAAAUUCUACUACAUUGGAAAUCGUCAAGUUUAUAUUAGAAACUUGGCUGACUUUAUCCGAGGAUAAUUCGUACAAAGCUAGUACUAAUGUGAACGGAGCAAUUUCCGUUUUAAUCUGGACAUUAAUUCGCCUCCAAUGUGUCACGGAUUCACCGGAUGUGAAUUACCUGAAAUUAGUUACUGAACUUGUAAUUUGUGACACACAACGCCAUUUAAAAAAGCUUUGGCAUGCAGAUAAGUUGGAAAAUUUUGAAGCAAAUCUCAUCAAGCCGAUAGCUUCUAGCAUCUUAGGAGUUUUAUUUAGAAAUUCUGCUGUUGAAAGGCGCUGUGCGGAAGAAAUUAUACAAGCAGUAAAUAGUAGCCGUAUCGAUUUUUGGUAUUGCGCCGCUAUUGUACAAAUAUUAAGGCAGUUUAAAAAGGACGAUAGAAUAAUUGAUGCUGCAUCGAGACAAUGCCUGGAACAAAUACAGAAUUAUUUUAACAGUAGGGAACUAGGCGAUGAUCAAGUGAACGAUUCUCGGCUUAGGCUAGUUUUAUGUCUAUAUUUUGGAUUUGAUAUGACAAAGCAAGAAUUAAUGGAUAUGGUGGUGGCUAAUAAGUAG